GCAGCGAACGGUACUUUAACCUGUAGUCUACACAUCAGGAUGAUCAGCUGGUCAGCGCGCUGUGGAUCAAAUCUGUCACUAUGGUGACCGUCAGCGCAUAAAAGUCCAUUAUACCGGCGGCACUAUGUGAAUAUAGUGUAAAUAUUCUCUCAGCAUCUUGAAUAAGCAACUAAAGGAACAACUGUGGAGGAGAGGGAUUUUUUUUUUCGGGGGGGGGAAAGCUCUUUCUACCAUUUGGAACUUUUUUUGUUUGUUGGUGAAACGUGUUUUAGGCAUCAUUCCCAGUUGACUGAUAGUUUAAAGAACAAACUCAUUUACAACAAACUCGCCCCUCUUGUAGUCUCAACUGCGACAGUCAAUGAUGUUCAUCCGAAGCUUCGUUUUUGUAACUUUUUCUCAUUAUUUCGUACUUCUGUUGAUGUGUCAUCUCCCUCGGGCGUCCGCUCAGAAGUCCACCGGUCCACGGUGGCUGAUAGGAGACAGGGAGACCCACUGUGGAAUCAUCUGUUCAAGGACACAGGGCAAGCCGGUGUGUGGCUCUGAUGGACGGAGCUACGAUACCGGCUGUGACCUGCAGAGGGCGCGCUGCAAGGACCGUUCUCUGACGCUGGCACACCGCGGACGAUGUCGAGGUAAAAACUCGGUGAGGAUUGACCAGCUUCCAGUAGUUCCUGCUCCAACAUCAGUCUCAGAGGGGAAGAACCUGGAACUGGAAGACGGAGGCCAGUCUAAGUGCAGGCUGGAGAGGAAUCAGGCUCUGGAGCAGGCUAAGAGACCUCAGGAGUCCAUCUUCAUCCCAGAAUGCAAUGAGGACGGAACCUUCGCCCAGGUGCAGUGUCACACUCUGACAGGAUACUGCUGGUGUGUCACCACCGACGGCAAACCAGUCAGCGGUUCCUCCGUGCACAACAGGACCCCUGUGUGUUCAGGAAACUUCCGUGAAUUUAUGGGAACUCAUGCUGGGACAAGUGACAAGUUGUCAGGGUCAGUAACUGAUAAACCAUCUGGACCUCCUAGUUCCGGGAGAAAAGUCUCUUUCCGUUUCUUUCUCACUCUCAACCCAGAUGACGGCUCCAAGCCCACACCCACCAUGGAGACCCAAACACUACCAGAUGGGGAUGAGAUUACGGCUCCGACCUUGUGGAUCAAACAGCUGGUUUAUAAGGAGAGUAAACAGAACAGUUCCAGCACCAGGCGACCCGAGAAAGUUCCCUCUUGUGACCAGGAGAGGCAGAGUGCCCUGGACGAGGCCCGUCAGAACCCUCGUGAGGCCAUCUACAUCCCAGACUGUGGACCAGGGGGCCUCCACAAGCCUGUACAGUGCCACCAGUCCACUGGGUACUGUUGGUGUGUUCUGGUAGACACAGGGAGACCAAUACCAGGCACCUCUACCAGGUACCAGACCCCAGAGUGUGACAGCACGGCUCGUUCGAUGGUCUCCGACGUUGAAGAUCCUUUCCAGGGCCGAGACCUGACAGGCUGCCCGGAGGGUAAAAAAAUGGAAUUCAUUACCAGCCUUUUAGACGCCCUCACCACAGACAUGGUCCAGGCCAUUAACUCACCAACCCCCUCUGGUGGUGGGAGGUUGAUGGAGCCGGACCCCAGCCACACUCUAGAGGAGAGGGUGGUCCACUGGUACUUUACCCAGCUGGACAACAACAGCAGCCAUGACAUCAACAAGAAGGAGCUGAAGCCCUUCAAGAGAUACGUCAAGAAGAAAGCCAAACCCAAGAAAUGUGCCCGGAAGUUCACUGACUACUGUGACCUGAACAAGGACAAAGCCAUCUCACUUCUGGAGCUGAAGGGUUGUCUUGGGGUCAGCAAGGAGGGUAGUUCUGUGAGCAGCAUCAACCAAGGGACAAGGCAAGGGAUUAAUUUGUUCAGUAAGACCCACUAAUAUGCUUUCACUAACCUUAGCACCACCUUAAACCGCUGUGGACCGCUUCAAUAUAAUCCAUUAACCAUCCUUGUAUGUAAACCAAAUGUAUACCCUGUUGCAGUACUUAACGCAAGAUGCCCAACCUGUGUCGUUUGCAUCGAGUUACAACUUGUGUGGCUGCACAUUUCUUUGCUACUCAGCAAUGCAGGAUGGGUAUUUUGCCUUAGCUAAUUGUAGUUCUUGGGUUGGGGUAUAACUUAAGCUUUAGACUGGCUUCUGAUAUUGGUCUGCAGGCUUCUUAUUCAGAUGCACACAGCUUUAUGUUCUAGAUACACUUGGAGGUCUUUGCUUUUACAGUGAAUCGGUGAUUUCUCGGGAAAGUCCGUCAGGGAAACUUAUGUUUGU